GCGCUUCACUUGGGACAUGACGCAAGUCUUGGCGGUGCAGCCCACGAUCACUUCAUUCUCCUUCUGCCCUCAAAACAGACGCAGCGAGCGCGCAGAGGUACAACAAGGCGCUCGCUCAGCGGGAGAAGAGCAGCGCUUUGUUGUUGUUUCUCCCCGUUUCGGGUAGAAGAAUCUUUCUUUUUGGCACCGUUUACAUCGUCAUGAAGUUCUUGUGCCUUCUCGUUGUGGCUCUGUCCCUUUUUGCAGACAACAAGUCAUUACCAGUUGGACAAGAUGGCAGAAAGGAAAACCUGCUCACCCAUUGUUUGGUCCAGAUAAUUUCUAAGGCAUUGUCCAAACCAGAUGGCACUCCACUGCAACCAGAAUGUAAAGAAAUUCUCAAGGCAGGUUCCACUCACUCUUCCCCGGUGAAAAAGGGUGAGGAAGAUGUUCUGCCUCCAGAGCAAGAGGAGAAGAGACACGAUGACAGGGAAGAGGAAGUCAUUAAUGAGCUUCUCAAGACAAAGGAGGAAAAGCGCGAAGACACGGAUGAGGAACGGAGCCAGGAGGAAUUCCCAAAUUAUUACAAAAGGUACCAUCUUCUAACAAGCAAGGAAAAACGGGAAGACCCAGAUGAUGAGAGGAGCCAAGAGGAAUUCCCUCAAAAGAGGCACCAUUUUCUCUCCACUAAAGAGAAGCGUGAGGAUGAAGGUGAGGAGCGAAGCCAAGAAGAAUUUCCAACCUACGAGCACAAAAGGCACCAUCUAACAAGCAAAGAAAAGCGUGAUGAAUCAGACUAUGACCGAAGCCAGGAAGAGUUCCCAAGUUUUAACCAAAAAAGGCAUCAUGAGGAAGAUGAGGAGAGUGAAGAGAGAGAGAAACGAAUCUGGAAACCUUCUCACAGGUACCAUCACAAAAAGCUGCACCACAAGCGGGAUGAUGAGUCAUCGGAUGAAAAUCUUGCUGGACUGAGCACUCAAGAGAAGAGGUCAGAGGAAUCAGUGGAGGAAGAAGAAGAACAAGAAGAAGAGAGAGCUAAACGGCACUGGAGGCCUGAUAGACACCACCAAAGGAGACAUCACAAACGGGAUGGUGAUGCUUCUGACGAAGAAUCUGAAGACAUGGAAAGUGAGGAGAGAGAGAGGAGGGCCUGGUGGCCCAGUCACUGGUUCCAACACCAAAGAUAUCACAAGCGCAGUGGAGAAUCAUCUGAGGAGGAUUCUGAUGAGCAGCAACCUGAGAAGAGAUAUGAGGAUGCUGAAGGGAGUGAAGAUAAGGAAAAAAGGAUCCACUACAAUAAGCACUACUACGAGCAUGGUGGGAAUGAAGAUGAGGCAAGCAAAAAUGAGAAAAAGCACCAUCUUUACGACUCACUGGAAGAGGCCCUCAAGCGCCUUUCACCUGAAGAAGAAGAGGAGAAGCUAAUUGCUCGAGAGAUAAGCGAAAACAAACACCAUUUGCCCAGCCAAGAGGAGGAGAAGAGGCACCACACUGCUUCAGAUGAAGAGAAGCAGGAGAAGGAGGCAGCACUGAAAUACCUGACUAAGAAAAAGAAUGAGUUAGAGGAGCGUCUGCUGAAAGAGGGUGAAGUUUAUGAGAAGCGCAAUCCCUGGAUUUAUCGAGGCUACUACCAUCCAGCCUGGUACAAGAGGAAUUCCGAGGAAAAUGAGGGAUUGGCAGGUGUGCAUCCUUCACAGAAACUAGAGGAGCUUGCCAAUGCCAUCCGAUACAAGCGGGGUCUCCUGUCUGAAAAAGAUUCAUCUGAGGGAGAAAAGGCUGGACCCCAUCAGAGGGCUCUUACUCCAGAUGAGUUAAAAGAGCUGGAGAAAUUGGCCUCAAUGGACCAACAACUAAAGCACCUAGAUUAAACAACUGCAGAUUCAGAAGCUAACCAGCCAACCAGACAAGAGGCAACAGUUAACAUUCCUCAUUAUGACCUUCCAGAGGCUGUGUGUGUGUUGCUGCUUUGGGCUGCUUUGGGAUUAAUUCAUGCAUUUAAAAAAAAUUUAUAUAUAUAAGUUUGCUUAUAGCAUUGGUCCAUUUUUUUAUGUGAAGUAUUACUGAUAGUGGAGGCCUUAUAUUAGAUAACUGCAUUACUGAAUGGCUUAGGCAUUUAUUAUCUCAACCUUUUGGAAUGAACAAAAAAGCACAAAAAUAUGCCUGUUUAUUAUUGUGCAUCUUACAUAAUUGUGGAAUUUGAUGUUACAACUCAAAAGCAUGCUGUCUUUUAAAUGAUGGUUUAAAAAAAGUUCAUUCUGUAUGACUUUCUAUAUACACUUAGGUUUGCAUUGGUUGUGUGCAUCUAAUAAAAUGUGUUAUGAUGGGACCAAAAUAAA